UCAGUUGUUGACACAGCUUCACAGCCUUUCCUCCCAGAGGUCUCGGCUGUAGUUGAUAAAUCUGACGUUAGGAGGAGAAAGGAGAAAGUUGCUGAAAAAGACCAGAAUGACUCCUUCCGAAAAGAAACAACUGAUAAGAAGAGGCCCACGCAUCCUAAAAUUACGUCUGAACCAGCAGAUGAGAAGAACAAAACUAUGAUACCACAAGGACAUGGAGACAACCAACAAUCUUAUAAUUCUGCUUUACCCCAACUAAGUCCAUUUCUGGCAGUUCUUCUAGUGUUACUUGUGGGUGCUGGCUUGUGGCUAUUCAAAUGGCCGCAUCAAAGCCAGUCUGCUGAAAAGGGGGAGAACAGAAGUAUCGAAGUGUUUCGCAGGCAGAUUACUCGGCUGGAGUCCAGCUUCCCCAGCCAGAGAAAGGAGCUGUGGAGGAGAAGCAGGAUUCACAUGGAGAAGCACCUUCAGUCAGAGGAGCCCACUGAACCCGUCAGCAUGAUCCUGACUGCUGGGCGCAAGGCUGAGAGGACACUGCACUGUCUGGCCAGUGGCCUGGCCAGGGCCUACUCCUCUGCCCUCAAUGCCAGUGCCCUCCACAUAGAUGGUUUGAGCAAGGCCGCGCUGGACAGUGACCGGGUCAAACUGGAAAUAGAUGAGGAGCUGACAGCCGCGUUUGAGGGGAACAAGAGGGCAGCAGUCAUCCACCGGUUUGAAGAGCUUCCUCCAGACUCGACACUCAUCUUCUACAAGUACUGUGACCAUGAGAACGCGGCCUACAAGGCUGUGUCUCUCAUCUUCACUGUUCUCCUGGAGGAGGACGAGCUGGGCACACAGCUGAAUUUGGGCAGCGUGGAGGAGAUGGUGCAGGAUCACAUUCAGGAGAAAUUCUUUAUCUCAGUCCAGCCAACAGUGUUUGAUAAAAUGGAUACUGAUAAAUUCAGUGGACUUUGGAGUCGGAUCUCACACUUGAUUUUACCUGUUAGCACUGAGGAGAGAAGUGAAAGGUUAGGCUGCGAUCUGUGAAGAGAACCUUCAGUUCUCACCAAAAGACGUAUGGAGAUUGGAAUGUACAACUGGGCCUUUACUGAUAUUGGCUACUGCAGCUCAGGAAUGCAGGAUACUUGUCUUAACGAGUGUGUUCCCUUAUGUCUCUUGUUAAACCAAACUGCAGCCUUAUGAUUUACUCGCCUUUUCCAGUAUGAAUCUUAGAUAUUGUGUACAGUCAAAAACAGAAAUUUUAAGAGACAUUCUAUAAUGGAAUACAUUGACAAUGACAGUUUCGUUGGACAUACACUGAGUAACAUAAUCAUAAACCUGUUUACCAUGUGUCAAUGCACUUUAACGUUGCCUUGAAAAAUUUCUAAUAAUAGCACUAGAGAUAUGGAAUUAGAGAUUUUAAAUUUUUUCACAGCUCAGACGUAGCAGAAUUCACACAGUUUUAACAAAGUGAAGUAAUAGUAAAAAGACAAAAGUUAUGUUUAACCAACAUGAACUGAAGUUCUCCAAAAAUGGAGUGUAGGGUGUUUAAGAACAGAUUUGUAUCUCUGGGGUUCAGCAAUAAGAAUAUUAUGUUUAAAUAACAGCACUUAAUACAUUUCCCAAAAUAACAUGCAUAUUUAGAUAUACAAAAGUUGAAAAUACUAUAUAGUUUUUCUGAACUAUAAGCCAGGGAUUCCUUCUAUGUCUUCUAUUAAGUGUUGGAAAAGAGAUAUUUAUUUUGCUUGUCAAUUUCAUGACACUUUCUGUAACCUUUUCACAAUUGUCAGCUUUUUGUAAUCAUUUCUGAAAAUGCUUUUUUAUCGUGUCUCCUUAAUUACGGUUUGUAGGCCACGAAACAUCAGUUACUGUCCUUAGUUAUAAAAUCAUGUUUUGGUUGCUGAUGGUUUUGAAACAAAAACUGUCAUAGUGAAUUUUAACUGUUUAAAUUAAGUAGCAUUACCCACUCUUAAACGUUUUACUGAAAUUUGCAUUGGGAAAAAUGAAUCAAAUAUUUUCUCUCUCCAUUUAAAUAAAUAAAUAAAAAAAUCAUGCCAAAUUAAUGAUAGACAGGUUUCGAUCUGCGUGGAAUGGAUAAGAAAGUAAUGAAAACUUCUGGAGCUUGUUCCUCAUCUGAAUAGUCUAACAAAAUUCUUCAUUUUCUACAGGGUUAGUUUAUAAUACCUGGUUUAUUAAAGAUGAUAGCCGGCCACCAUCUGGAUCCUGAACUUCAUUCAGUCUGUCAUGCAAAUUAUGUCUUUGUGUAGUAAAUAAAGAUUUAUGUGCCUUAAA